UCUAUGAUUAGCAGAGUGUAUACAUAUGACAUCGAUGAUCGAACAAGUAUCGCCCCCUCGAUUACUUCCCAUUUCUUGCUCGUUUCUUGUAUUAUCUUUAUAGAAAUACAGAUAAUUAUCAGAGUCGACCUGUGAUAACAGUAAAGAAAGCAAGAAACGAUCGAAUAAUUGUACUGAUUAAAAAAUUUACUGUCCACCGGUAUGGCGGACAAUCUGGCUGCAAAGCUUUGUUCGUCUUUACAUGACAGGGGUGUUAAAGCUGAACAAUGGAAGCUAUUGGGACAAGAGAAAGACGGAUCAUUAUUAGUUGGUUGGAUAGAAGAAAGUUGUGCCGAAGAUGAAACAAUGCGAUCAUAUUCCGUAAUUGGACAUUACGAUAGGGCAAAGGACAACUUACAGGUUUUGCACGAGUUCUCCCAAGUACUGAACAUCGUUCAAGCUACAAUAAAUCAAUGUCAUACACUGCUUGGCUUUGUUACCAAGUCUGGCUCCACGGUGGCUGAUAAAACAUUGCUAACUGACUCUGGAGUAGAAAAUGAAAUGCCACAGUUGCAUGAAGCCUUGGAGGUAUAUCGAGUUUACGUCGUAGAGCUUUGUUCGGGUGCUAAAGAUCUUCACAAUUUAGAGCUGGAGAGAAGUAAGCAGGUGCGGAUUCAAUUUCUUUACAAGCAACGCCCACAGAGAGAUUCCGACAAGUUCCUAGUCCUCAUCCAUCAGGAAUCUGUGAUGUUAUACACAACUUACUUUGACAUAUCCGACGAAGAAGCUAAUUCAAUAAAGGAACUGAAAUCAGAAUCUUUGGUCCGGACAUUUAUCUGGGCUCAAUGGGACUCUGUAAAUCAAGUAUUAUAUCAUAUACAUCAUCGCAGAUCCACCACAAGCUUAGUUACAGAAGAAGCUAGCAAUAGCCAACCAAAAACACCUGGGUCAUACCCCACACUGAGUGGUCUCCAGUUCCAUGAUGAUCUACCUCAUGAAACAGUUUUAAACAUACCAUUGAAUCUACCUCAGCUGCCUGGUUCCGAUCACUGUGGAACUUAUGAGGAUGAUGUGAUUCCCUUAAGAGUUCAUGACUGUUCGUUGGACUUAAUUGUUGUGUCAGACCCAAGAGGGAUGGUAUGCAUAUGCCAUCAUUAUCUCUAUCGCCCUGAAAAUCAGGUGCAAGACCCAAUAGAGAACAGCUGUCUCUCCGAUCUUAAUACGGUACAUUUUGCAUACUCCGUUACUGUUCUCCAUCAUAGCUGUGUAAUCCAUUGCGUCGUACCAGGGAUACCUUGGGUACGUGCCAAGUUGAUGAGACCAACCUUUGCUAUAUAUGGCGAUCAUCACAUGGUCGUAUUUGUACAAGGAUCCUUCACACACUUGUUGGAGAUUGGUGUGACGCAUGAACCAUGUUGUCAUAUUCUAUCUGGUCCACUAACUUGCGUGCCACUACAGUCUUCCUAUCUAGUACCUUUGCUAGACCUGAGCAAGAAUUGUAUUGCAGCUAAUAGUAAUAGUAAUAAUAGCAAUAAUAGUGAAAGGCCUCGGAGUAUGAAAGCUAGCGAGAGUCGUACAAAUACUAACACAAAAACUGCUAAUUCUGCAAAGUCGGACAGUUCUGGCGGUUUGAUGAAUUCAAUUUCUAAUCCAUUGACUGUAGAUCUUCCAACAUUGGACCUUGUGCCAUUGACAAUACCCACAGACUUCUUGAUUGAUGUAUUUCGUAAAGAAACAUCUGUCGAAGUGCGACUUGGCAUUCUUCACUACUUCCUGAUUCAUCGAAAUGAUCCUGAUGUAGUUGUAGAACUAAUUUCCAUCAUAGCUGAGAAGCCUAGACUAUUGAGUGUUGCACGACUUUUGGAAGAAAUUCUCAUUUCUGGAUCAUACGCAGCAGUGCAAAAAAAUUUGCCUGCAGAUGCGCAGCAACUAAUAUCGUUACUGCCGUUUACUACAGUGCAAAAUAACUCAAAAACUGAAAUCAAAGUGAAUGAUCUAACCAUCACCCUUAGCCAUGAAAAAUUGUGGAAUACUUCCGUUAUGCUGUUGUCCCCACAACAACGACUAGUCCCCUACUGCAACGAUCUAUGGACCCAAUUGUGGGAUCAGCUGGGCAAAUGUAAUAGCGAUAAACCAAGAUUCAAACCAAGCCAAGUCGCCGAAAAGCUUAUGGUCUCCUUGGCCUGUUAUCAGCCAGAAGCUCUAUCUAGAUCUAGCACGCCAAUGUCGCCUAGUGGAGGAUUAGCAGUGACAGCAGCUUCUUUAGGAGAGUUAAUGGGGUGUCGAGGGAAUAACAAGAUGUUAGAUUCCAAUUUGCCGUUCAUUGAGGUGGAGAAUUGUACGGCCUCGAAACAAGAGCAUGUUGUAUCAGUGAAUUUGCGAGAGCUCUCGAUGCAUCUUUUGAGACACGGGACGCAAACAUCGACAAUGCGAUUGCAGGGAAUCUGUACCCCCUUACACUUGCAUGCAAUGGCAACUAGACACGUAGCUGCUCAGUUGGAAACCUCACGUUCACUGUGUCAAAUGCUUUGUCGAGCCUCCAGCGUUGACCCUAAAACUGAACAAGAACGAGGAUUUAUUCUCAUUGACCAGUUGGAUGAAGCCAGACGUUCUUUAUUAUUUACCCUAAUGGAACGCUAUCGUUAUGCCAUUGAAAGUACUGCGUUUCCAUUACCACAAGGGUUCACAUCUUUUUUUACUUACCUAGGAUAUCGCAGUCUCAAAUAUCCAACAUUCUUACAGUAUGUACAAAGAAAUGUAUUUGAGCUACAGGUUGAUGUUAUGAAAGUAAUCAUGGCUGAUUCAGGUGACACAAAAGAUGGGGUCUGUAGAAAAUUAGGCUUGCUUUCCUUACUACCGAGGUCUAGAGCAAAAAGACUGCUUAAUCAGUGGUUACAUCCCGUUAGUUUGAUGUUACGAGCUCGCGAACACGCUACCAACAUAUUAUCUGGAGAACUUUCCCAGUGCCGUGGAAGAAUAUCUCAGCAUCAUAUCAAUCAUAACGGAUUAGCAGCUUUUCCUUCGGCAGACCGACUUUCACCACUUGAUACAUUCCUCGAUUUACUGACUGCAAAAGCUAGUCUCACAGAACUAGACUUUGGUUUGCUGAUAGAAGCAACAGUAACGUCAACAGAAGAUUUUCUAUAAUCAGGACCACUGCUAGAUGUAUAGCGAUUUAAUUUUGAUUCUAGAAUAUAUCUGUGCCAUUGUAUCCUAAUGGGAUGAAGCAUCUAGUUACAUAUUCUGACUUAUAUAUUAUCAUUCUCGUACCAAUGGCUCAAAUAAGUUCUUGGCUUAUUUUUAAAGUUGACUGUGCUUUCAUACAUGUUUAUGCAAAGUAUUCGUAUUUUAAAAAAAAAAAGAUAAAUGGUGCAAUAUUUUAUCAUUCUAAGU